GAUUUAAAUUUCAGGGCACACCUCCUGCGUCGUCACGACGCUAUUCUGUCUCCAAGCGCAACAUAAACAACUGAAAAACAACAACAACAAACCUGAAGAUAUUCCUCACAAUGUCAUAACAUCGGACAGUAAGAUUGGGGACCGUUGACAUCGGGAGCUUAAAUAACAGAAAUAAUGUCAACCAAGGAAGAUGCGUUAUCCCCAGACGAGUUGAGGAAGCGACUUUAUAAAACUCUGAGAGACAGGGGCGUGCUGGACACGCUAAAGACUCAGCUGCGAAACCAACUCAUCCACGAGUUAAAACCUGGACGAUUAAGCGGAGCAGAACCAUCUCUGAGAUCAGAUUCCCUUUUGGUGUCAGUCUGCAACAACAUCGUGGCUGACUAUCUUCACAGCUCAGGCUAUGAGUACUCCUUAUCUGUAUUCUGCCCUGAGAGUGGCCUGUGCAAAGAGAAGGUGUUCAAGAAAGGAGACCUCCUUCAGCUUCUUAAAAUCAGCCCUCAGUCACCGUUUUACAAAUCCUUGUAUUUGAGCAUCAAUGAUACAGGGUUUUUAAUCAACCUCGUGUCACACGUCGCUGACCAUCAGACUGCGUGUCGGCACCGGGACGCCGACACUCAGACAACAAGCUCAGCAAGUUAUGAAGAAUCUCUUGUUGAGAAGAUGAAAUUGAUCGACAAGGAAUAUGAGAAUGUGAACUACAGUGGGGAAAAGUGGUUUUCAUUCCAGUCUAAACUGGCUUCCUAUAAGAGAGAAUUAGAAUCCCAGAUGCAGAUUGAAAUGAACACCAAGAUGCAGCAUUUUAAAGAGGUUGAACUCGCCAAGGUUAAGAUGGAGGAAAGAGUGCAGUUUCAGAAGGAGUUUGACAAGCUGAAACAAGAACUGGAGAGAACCUAUGAGAUGAAGACGACGGCAUUGAACACCAGGGAGAAACACGCCAUUGAGCGGCUUCAAAAGCAACAAGAGAUCGAGGAAAGAAAUGUCUACAUGCAGAGGCAAAUGGUGCUGAAGGAAAUCGACACACUGCGGAACAGAGAAAAUGAGCUGAGGUUGCGAAUGGAGUCUUUUGAAGAGACUUGUCAAAUACACGAAGAGAAGGUUAAGACAGGCGAAGAGCUGCUGAGGAGGCGAGAACUAGCAGUGAAGACCAUGGAGGAGAUGCAUGACCAAAGGCUGAAGAAUGAACUUUCAAGUUAUCAGCUGGAACUAAAGGAGGAUUACAACAAGAGAGCAGAGCAACUAACAGCAAGUGAGAAGCAAAACAAAGAGGAAAGCAUUCGCAUUCAACAAGAUUCGGCUGCAGUUAAAGCCAAAUUAGAGAAGUACAAUAAAGCCUGUUCAGAGAUGAAGCGGCUGCAGGUGGAGCUGGAUGCAGCACAGCAGCAGACCAGUCUGCUCCGUCAGCAGAAUGAACUGCUGCGGGAAAGACUGGAGAAUAUGAGCGACUUCCCCAAUUUGAAAGAAGACAACGCACGCUUGCAGGGGCAAGUGAAGCUUCUAAAGAAACAGCUAGAGGAGGCCCAGGAGGAGAACCGGCGUCUCAGUGCAGACUUGGGCAAACCCUCCGACGAGCAGCUGGCCUUGCAGGUGGAGCUCCGCAAGCUUCAGAGCGCUUGCAAAAUUGAUAAGGAGGAGUUUGCGAACCAGAAGCACAUGCUGCAGAAACAGCUGCAGUUGGAGGUGGAACGAUGUGGUCAGCUGAAUGUGCAGCUGAUGGAGGUUGAGGAGAAGCUGCAGUGGACGACCACUCACGUUGAGGACCUCAAAAUGCAGCUUCAUCAAACCCAACAAGCUCUUGAAAACGAAGUGCUGUUCAACCCCAAACCCUCGCUGGUCGACCGCUCUGUGUUGGACUUCACCGGCGACAAGCUGGUCCCCCCCGACAUCUACGUGGACCGAGAGGCGCUGAUGCCCCUGGCGGCCUACGAGCACGUCGCCGACGUAGGCCGGCUCGUGCGGGGCGAUUCCAACUCCGACUUGGAGAUGCUGGCUGAAUGUAACGCUCGCAUGCGGCAGCUGGAGAGGGAGGCUGAAAGCUUGGAGGAAAAAUGUUUGAAGUACCAGCAGAGGGCAGCGCGCUCCAGCAUCUCACGGAGGCGUCCCGCGACGCCUUCAAGUCGGGCGGACUCUCCUCUGCUGACCCUAACUUCUGACCUCUCCCACCCUUACACCGCCCACCUGUCAAACACCUUCAUCAGACCAGUGUCUCCUGAAAAAGCUGGAACCCCCUCCCCAACCGCACAUGACGCCGGAAACGCCUUCCCAGCUGUUCAACACAGAGUGACCUUCUAUCAAGAGCAACUUCAAAAGUCUUAUGGCACGAGCAGCCUUUCGUCGGCUGAACGUCAGUCAGCAAGAAAUGAUGACCUCUCUCAGGGGCAACACUCAUUCACACAUCGAUCCUUCCCCACCAGGAGGACGCUCCGUCGAGAUGCAGCAGAAGAAGUCACUUCAUCGCCGUUGUUCCGGGACAUGUCACACGACAGCCAUCUGCCCUCAGCCCACCGCAAUGAGGCGUCCAGUUCAGGGGAAUUCUCUCCCGAGCUGAGCCCCCCUCGCAGCCCCCGGCUCCAGAGCACUGUGCGAGACCAACACAGUUCUCCAAGUCAACAACGUGUCUCCUCCAGCUCGCAUUCCUCCCCGCAGCCUGAGAGGAUUAACGUUGAGGAUCUCACUGGCAUUUCACCAGAACCCGGCCACAUUCCAGAGCUUGUCCUGGACACUGCCGUCCCUCUCUCCUCCUCCGAGGCCCCCGGCGGCCCCUCUGUCCCCCGCCCACAGGCCCCGCGGGACCUCCCGGAACCCGCCACUGACCCACGGGGUCGAGCGGAACCCUCCCGAAUUUCAACAGCCUCGGAGGAUGAGGAUAAAUUGGAUGAGGAGCAGCGUUGGGAAAGAGAGAGGAAAGAAAGGCAAGAAGUGAGGCGACGGGAGCAAGAGGAGGCCAGAGAAAGAGAACAACAGAAGGCGGAAAGACUGGAGAAAGAAACUCUCUUGCAACAGCAACAACGAAAGGAGGAGGAGAAGGAGGAGGAUGAGGAAGAGGAGAAAAAAGAGGGAAGAGAUGAGUUUGAGAGGCAGCAAGCAGAAGUCCCGAGUGAAAACCCUUUAGAGAAAUACAUGAAGAUGGUCUUGGAAGCCAGAGAGAAGAAACAAGACAAGAGCUCUGGAGGUGAAGAAGAACACGUGAGCCCAGAGGUCAAGAGUUUUUCUGAGGAGAAAGAUAAUAGCAUUGCGGCAUAUUCGCACAAGGAUGAAGAUGCCGACGAUGAUUUCUGGUGAACCACUAGUUUGCUGGUGAAUUUCUUUUUACGCCUUUAUAUAGUGUGGAUGAAUACAUGAAUGAACACAUUGCUUUGUAUUUGUUGGAACAUCAGAUGAAAAAUUAGGAGAGAUUUUGUUUCACUUUUUUUUAUUUUCAUUAAAAAAAUUAACAAGCCA